UACCGCGUGCGGCCACAGGGGUCGCCAGAACUGCGCGGAGCCGCAGCAGGAGGCUCCGGUCCCGCCGCGCUCUCCAUGUUGAAACGGAGCAGCUCCUCUCUCCUCGGGCAGACUCCCGUCGUUGCUCUCAGCCAAACCGCCUCCGCCGGCGGGGAGCCAUGACCCCGGACUCUGACGGAGGCUGUGACCGUGGAUGAGCGCCUCCCGGACCACAGGAACCGGCCCGUCGGACCUCGUCUACCAGACCCUCCGGAUCACAUGACCAGAGUUUUUACAGCUGCCGGCUUCUGAUGGACCAAUCAGGAGGAGCUGUGCUGAAGAGGACCUGAGCUUCUCCAUGCAGAGGACAAGCCAUCAGGAUGAAGGAGGAGAAUCUGUUCCAUCGGAGGCUUUCUUUGUGCCCCAAUGCCACCUCGCCGCCCAAACUUGACCCGCGGACCCUGACCCGAAACCUGUCUUAUGGAGGAGACAACGACCUGUCCAGCAUCAGCCCAGGCAGUGAGACAGACAGGAACGGCCUCACCAUGCUGACUAAUGAACUUAGUCCUGCCCAAUCACCUGGCAGCAAGUCUGAGUCCAGGAUGUUUAAUGGCGUUGAGAAGGAGUGCCCCUCCCCCACAGAGAAACUGGCCCGAAAGGAAUCUCUGAAGGUCCAAAAGCAGAAUUACAGGCAGGAGAAGAAGCGGGCAGCUAAAGAGCUUUCCACCGCUCUGAAGGACCCCAGCGUUGUCAUCAUGUCCAACUGGUUAAAGAUCCGGGGUUCUCUGAAGAGCUGGACCAAGCUGUGGUGCGCCCUGAAGCCUGGAGUCCUUUUGAUCUACAAGACCCCCAAAGCGGAGCACUGGGUGGGCAGCGUUCUCCUCAGCGCAUGUAAGCUGAUCGAGAGACCGUCCAAGAAGGAUGGGUUCUGCUUCAAGCUCUACCACCCUCUGGAAAAAUCCAUCUGGGCUGUGAAGGGUCCCAAAGGAGAGAACGUGGGCUCCAUCACGCAGCCUCUGCCCAGCAGCUACCUGAUCUUCAGAGCUAUAUCUGAGUCAGACGGCCGGUGUUGGAUGGACGCUCUGGAGCUGGCUCUGAACUGCUCCAGCUUCUACAAGCUGACGGCCAAAGCUGCCAGAGAAGGAGACGUCAGUCUGACCCCCGAGUCCUCGCAUUUCCUGCAGCUGCUGCAGUCGUCGCCGCUGUCGGAGACAGAGCUGCUCCAGCUGAACGACAGCGGACACCACAUGGAGAACGACGGCUUUUCCGACAAAUCUGAACUGCACGACGACUGGGACACCACCGCCAACGAAAACGGCGGCCGGCUGACGGAGGAGAGCGACAUGGAGCAGUCGGAGGAGGCGCCUCCUGCUCCACCUUCUACAGCCUACGUGGAGCAGAGCACAGAGGAGAUGGCAGAGGCUGGGGAGGCGUCCCAGGUGGAGACGGUGUCUGAGGAGAACAAAGGUCUGAUCUGGACUCUGCUGAAGCAGCUGCGGCCGGGCAUGGACCUGUCCAAGGUGGUGCUGCCCACCUUCAUCCUGGAGCCGCGCUCCUUCCUGGACAAGCUGUCGGACUACUAUUACCACGCCGACCUGCUCUCACAAGCUGCUGUGGAGGAGAGCGCCUAUGGUCGGAUCAAGCAGGUGCUGAGAUGGUACCUGUCAGGGUUCUACAAGAAGCCCAAGGGUCUGAAGAAGCCUUACAACCCCAUACUGGGGGAGACGUUCCGCUGCUGCUGGCUCCACCCCCACACGGACAGCUGCACCUUCUACAUCGCCGAGCAGGUGUCCCACCACCCCCCCAUCUCUGCCUUCUACGUGUGCAACAGGAAGGACGGCUUCUCCAUCAGCGGGAGCAUCCUGGCCAAAUCCAAGUUCUACGGUAACUCUCUGUCGGCGGUUCUGGACGGUCGAGCCAGGCUGCUGUUCCUGAGCAGGGAGGAGGAGUACGUCAUCACCAUGCCCUACGCCCACUGCAAAGGAAUCCUGUACGGCACCAUGACCCUGGAGCUGGGGGGCAAAGUCACCAUCGAGUGCGAGAAAACCAGAUGUUCCUCAGAGCUGGAGUUCAAGCUGAAGCCAUUCCUCGGAGGUUCCAGCGCCGUCAAUCAGAUCAGCGGGAAGAUUCUUGCAGGAGACGAGCUCCUGGCCACGGUGGACGGACACUGGGACGGCGAGGUCUUCAUCAGUGAGAAGUGCUCCGGCCAGCAGGAGAUGCUGUGGAGUCCAAGUCCAGAAAUCCGCAGCAGGCGCCUGAAGAGACGCGUGGUCCAGAUGAGCGAGCAGGAGGAGUUUGAGUCUGAAAGGCUGUGGCAGCACGUGACCCGGGCUAUCCUGGACCGGGACCAGCUGCGGGCUACUCAGGAGAAGUUUGUCUUGGAAGAUGCUCAGCGAAAGGAAGCCAGAGAGCGAGGAGACAAAGCCUGGGCCCCACGGUUCUUCCAGCAGGAUCCGGUCACCUCAGAGUGGAUCUACAAGCACUCAGAAACCCGGCCCUGGGACCCUGAGCUCUGCUUGCUGCAGUUCGAGAAGGAUGGCGUCAUUCAGACGCAGCCAAGAAGCCAACACGCCGGCCUGUCCUACAGCCACAGCUGGACCAGCCGGCACAAGGUGGCGCUGAACGGGAAGCACAGGAAGUCCAGCAGCCAGCCGUCCAGCUGCAGCCAGAACACGGAGAGCAGCAGCAGCACGCCGGAGCCAACCCACGAGUCCUCUGACAACGAGGAUUUUUCGCAGCAGUGCGUUCGCUGCAUCAAAGAGCAGAAGGACUUUACUCAGAUAGAAGCUUCCAUCUCCUCCAUACACAAGACGCAGCAGGACAUCCAGAGGAACCUGGUGGCGCUGAGUCAGCAGCUGUCCCGUGAGAGGGCGAGCGACCACGGCGCCCUAACGGGUCGUCACUGCCUCGUCCUCUGCCUUCUGCUCCUCUCACAGCUCCUCCUCAACUACGUCUUCACCUGAGCUGACUCCUCUGGGAGGAGCCCCCCCCAGGACUGGAUUCAACCCCCCCCAACAAAAAAAGCACAGAAUCAGCAGAAGAGGGGGGCCAAGAGCAAGAGUGGGGGAGGACGGCUUGUUCCUGUAGAUUCUUCUGGGGGGGGGGGCAGGAGGAAGAACUUCAUAGCAAUAAACAGCCUGUCGGUCAUCUACAGAGGAACGGCUCCCCCUAGUGUAGCCAGACUGAAACAGCACCUCUGCACUUUGGACCGGAGGAGGAAUGAGGAGGAGAAGAGGAGUUUAUACAACCAGAAAGAGAGCGAGGAGGCGCGCCGCUCUGUCCGCUCUUUUUAUACCGCCUGCAAUACUGUUCAUGUGUGUGUUUACAGCGCUGGCAGACCUCCUGCUCCUCCCCCGUUCCCCUCCUGUUCUCCCCUGCUCCUUCCAUUUCUCACUGAUCCUCUCCUGCUCCUCCUGUUCUCCCCUGCUCCUUCCAUUCCUCCCCUUCCUCUCCUAUUCCUUACCUGUUCUUCUCCUCCUCCUCUCCUGUUCCUACCCUGCUCCUCCUGUUUUUCUCCAUUCUUCUCCUGCUCCUCCUAUUCUCCCUUGCUCCUCCCGAUCCUCUCCUCCUCUGCUCCUCCCAUUUCUCUCCUGCUCGUCAACCAUUCCUCCCAUUCCUCUUCUCCUCCUCUCUUGUUCCUUUCCUCUCCCGUUCCUCCCCUGCUCCUCUUCCACUCCAGAUUCUGGGCCUUAAUGCUGAAGCCAAAAGGGAGGAGGAGCAAACUGACCUUCCAGCAGAUCAUCCUGUUCUUCAUGGACGUCUGAUUUCUGUCGGCGCCGUUUGACCAAAACAGUAUUUGACUGAAGGAGGCGCGGCCCUUUUUGGGGAGCAGGGAGCCACGCCGUCUUUGUGUUUGUGUGCCCCGCGCCCCCCAAUCACCUCAGUGCAUUUCACCAGAAGCAAAAGGAGGAGGAGCCUACAGAGAGCGCCAUCAGAGGAGGCUGUGUCAAUGUCAGUGUGUGUUUCUGUCAUCGGGGGCGGAGUCAUUUCAGAAUGUAUUUAUUGUGUGAAUGGCUCGGUCUGAGUCAGCAUGGAGGACGCUCAGGUGCCAUCACUCCUGUGUGUGUGUGUGCGUGUGUGUACUGCGGCACAUUUUUGUGGGGUAACCAUGACAAUCACGGGGACACUGUCAGACGUUUCACUGAAUCAGAAGUCACGGCUUUCACGCGGCGUGCCAGCUCAGCUCCUGAGCGGGGAGGACGCCUCCACCGGCGCCUGGAACCACACCUUCCUCUGUGAUUGUCUUUUUCUACUUUGCUGCCUUGGGGGGUGGGGUGGGGGGGGGGGGUUUCUGCGUGCCACAAGUUUUUGUCAUGAAAGGUUAGAACACUCACACCUGUUAGAAGCUGAAGUUCUACAGUAAAAGGUUUGAACCCGA